AUGUUCGUGAGUAUCAUUCCGUUACGGUGUCAGCUCAAUCCUCAUUGGUCGCUUCAUCGGUUAAUUGAGAGUGUUUCCAACAUGAUGACCAAUUCUUUGAAACACUCAUACUUCCCUCUGCAACGCAUUCUUGCUCAGCAUCCACGUGUUGUGAAACCUACAUUUUGGAAUAUGCUAUUGGAUUCUUUUGUUGAUGAAAGUACCAGGGAAGAGGAAACAGCUAUCAUUGGAGACGCUACACUAGAUGGAAUGAAUUCUUCUCUGAAGAUGAAGGAGAAAGAAAUUAUGGAGAAAAGUGAUUUUGCUGUUUGUAUUGCGCAUGAUCCUGUCGGUAAUCAUUUGCGAUGUGUGUUCAGUGGGUCUCUUGACAUAUUUGACUUAAUGACAGUGAACUUGAUCGCGCAAAGAUUCCAUCACCUGCUUAGGGAGUGUUUCGAAGCUGUUGACGAUCAAUUCGUAAAACCCAUUUAUGAAUUACAGGUUGCAUUGGCCCACGAGAAGUUACUUGUGCAGUCUGUGAAUAACUCAAAUGCCACCUUUCCUCCGAUAACUUGUAUUCAUCAUGAGUUUGUGUUUGAAGCAGUGAAGCAUCCACAGAAAAUUGCGGUUGAGCUUAGUGAUCAAUUCAUGACAUAUUCAGAACUCUUAUACUACGCUCAAUUAAUAUCUUUACAUCUUGUCUCAACAUAUCACAUUUCGCCAGAAGAAAUUGUCUGUCAGUGUAUUGAAAGAAGUCUGUUCACAGUCAUUGGAAUCCUAGCGAUAGAGAUGACAGGUGCAACUUAUUGUCCACUAUCGUCGCAGGAUCCUAGCCAUCGAUUGCAUGUCCUUAUCCGACGAACUAAUUGUCAACUUGUUCUUGUUCAUUGGUCAACAAAGAAUAAAUUCGCCGAGGGAAUUCUGCUAUUUAACGUUGAUUCUGUGAUUCAUGAGAUGAAUUUUAUAAGCAAUGAAAGUGUCCAUGUAUUGUCAAAAAUCAUGAUAUCACCGGAAAGUAUUGGCUAUAUAAUAUUUACAAGCGGUUCAACGGGAACACCGAAAGCAGUUCAGCUUCGGCAUUGUAGUUUCGUCACGUAUAUGCGAGCUCUGGUAAUUCAGUCUACUGAUAUUGGUCUUCAUCACACGUCGGUCACUUUUGACGCUCAUCUCAGCGAAAGUAUAGGAAUCUUGAUGAAAGGUGGUCAAGUUGUUAUUUUGAAACCCUUCGCACAGCUGGAUAUGGAAUCAUUUAUUAGAACGCUUUGUCGUUAUCAAGUUUCAUACAUAGGCAUUGUACCUUCUCAGUUAAUUAAUUUGGUAGCAUUUUUACGCAGCACAGAUCAAUAUAAGACUUUAGAAACAUUACGAUGUGUGGCUACAGGGGGUGAAUCUCUUUUUACUAGUACUAUUAUCGAUAUUCAACCUUAUCUUAACACAAAAUGCCAAUUUUACAAUUAUUAUGGUCCUACAGAGUGCUCUGAGUCAUCAAUCGAACAUGUGAUUUCCGAUGAAGAUCUAGCUUACGGUUCCAUACCGCUUGGACGACCCAUGGCAAGCGUUAGCGUUUAUUUAGUUGAUGAUUAUCUUAUACCGGUGAUAUGCGACAUACAUGUUGGAGAAAUUGUCAUUGGAGGUAUGUUUUCUUUAAAAUGGAUAAUUAUAAAACACAGUUUAUUUUUCUUAACUGGUAACUUAGGCGUUGGGUUGUUCGCUGGUUAUCGUGGCCAGGACGAUCUGAUGAAGCAAGUAUUGUGCACAAUCAAUAAUCAGACUUAUUACAAAACAGGAGACAUGGGACGUAUUAAUUCAAAAAGUGGUGUUUUCGAAUACGUAGGUAGACGAGACUACCAAGUGAAGCUUCGAGGGCAACGUAUUGAGUUGAGUGAAAUUGAAUCAGUUCUUAUGGAUGUCACCACAAUGUCUGUGGUCGUCAAGUUAACAUAUGAUAACAAUCAAUACCUAGUCGCGUAUGUCGAAACUAAACGAACUGAACAUGAUCUACGACAACAUUGUCUAACGCGCUUACCGCUCCACAUGGUACCAUCAUUCUUUGUUCGUCUGCAUAAAUUGCCUCUUAAUCAAAAUGGAAAAAUCAAUCGCAAAGCUUUACCUUCCGUUGAUUUCAGUGCCGUUUCCAUAACACCUAUUGGCGAAGACCAAGUGGUGACCGCCAUGGAACAACAAGUGUUUGCUAUUUGGCGAACCAUUUUUCCUCAUCUUAAAUCUAUUCCACAGGCAUCGACAUCAUUCUUUUCUAUUGGCGGGCAUUCGUUGCUUAUCAUGCAACUCUUUCAUCGAUAUAGAACACAAUUCAAUCUAGAGCCAAACACACUUUCCAUUGCAGAUCUCUUUCAAAAUCCAACUAUCUCGGGACACGCACAACUUAUUCAACAAGCAACUAACACCACAGAUGCCGACAUCGAACAUCAUUGGUUGCCAUUACAUGCAGUUCAAGGUAAAAACAGACAACUCCCAAGCAAUGAUUCAGGCAUUAUCCUCGCUUUUCUCUUUCUUUUAGGCAUCGCCUCGUUUGCACAACAACGCAUCUUCUUGGACGAACAGAUCCGUCUUUCAUCAGCAGCAAGCAAGAAUAUCUAUGCCAUUCCACAUCUCUACCGCUUGUCUGCAGAAAACUCUUAUAUUUCGGUCUCACGACUCCACCAAGCACUCCAUGCUGUCAUCAUGAAACAUAGCAUACUUCGAACUGCGCUCUAUCUUCACACGGAUGGAACUAUAGUGCAAAGAUCCGUCGACGCGAAUAUUUCGUCGACGACUGACAGAUCACACCCGUACGGUUUUUCAAUUCUCAAUCUACAUAAUGACGAUCGCCAUAUAGAUGUAAUCGUCAAGGAAAUACUGAACCAUUCUGAUCUAUUCGACUUGUCGAGAGGACGUGUUAUUCAUUGCCAUAUCCUUCGCCAUUCAGAUGUUAGUGAGGAUCUAUUAACUAGCGGUGAUAUAAUAACGAUGCACAUGCAUCACGCGGCAUUCGAUGGAAUGUCAAUUACAACUUUUCUUUCUGACUUGCUGUCCGCUUAUGAGAACAGUGGUUCGCUGCAUGUGCAUGAAAAUACACUACAAUACAUUGAUUAUUCAAUUCAUGAACAUGUCAUGGACAUGUCAGCAUCUCGCGAUUUCUGGCAUUCUCACCUCGAUGGGUGCAACUUUCAACAUCAGCUGUCACUACCCAUGGACAAACAACGCUCAUCAACUAAUCAGCGAUCAAAUUUAAUAGCUGUAGGCCAUAUUCUUUUCAGCAAUGAUGCUACCGAAGCAUUUCUACAUUAUGCGUCUUCACAUCAUCUGACAGCUUUUCAACUUGGCUUAGCAAUAUUCUAUGUAUUCCUUUUCAAACUAACUCAUGGUGAAAAUGAUCUAUGCAUUGCAUCGAUUAAUGCAAACAGAUAUCGGAGUGAAAUAUCGAAUAUGAUUGGGAUGUUUGUCUCAACAUUACCAAAUCGCAUUCAAAUGGACUCCGACUGGUCAUUUGAUCAGCUUGUCACACAUGUGCGACAGAUGUGCAUAUCAAUCCUAGAGCACUCUCACUACCCACUACAACGUAUUUUUGCAGAUUUCCAUCUCAAUCAGUCCAAUGCCUCAUUUCUUGAGACAAUAUUCGAUUUCGUCACUAUAGCUGAAAAGACUCGGCGUUUCUCUAUAGAUGGUGUACAAUUCCAUGGCUUUUCCAUGCGUAACUCCUACCAAAUGGGAAAAUUUGAUUUUAAGGUCACAUUCUGUCUCAAUCUAACGGCGGAUGCUGAUCGAUUAACUUGCAAAAUCGAAGGUUCACGCGAUUUGUUCGCGGCAACAACAAUUUCACAAAUUACUCAAAGAUUUCAGCAUCUUUUUGAUCAAGUCUUUGGGCUACUCCCGCGUGUUUCAUCAACAGGUGGAUUGGAUGCAUCGAUUGAAAAACUGUCUAUCAUCUUACCAUCAGAGGAAAAUGAAAUGGGAGAUGGAAUCUUUUCCCGCCAAAAAGACGUAGCCAAUGAAGCACCAGCUUCUUAUGCACAAGCACGAAUUUGGCUUGACGAGCGUAUACGUUUCGAUCCAGAAAAACCACAGCUUGCCAUCUACAACAUGCCUUUUGUGUAUCGCCUCGCAACAGGCCCUUCUCUCUCCGUUCAGCAACUUCAACAUGCUCUCCAACUCAUCAUAUUCAAACAUCUAUCACUACGCACAGCACUCCGUCUCGAUGCAGAAAUCAAUUCUCUCACUCAAAUAGUUAUGGAUUUGAGUGAAAGUACGGACGACAAAUUGUAUACAUUCAUCGAAAGUACUUAUGAAACAAACGAACAACUCGACAGCAUCACGCGCAACGAGAAGGCCAAUCCUGGCCUCUUCGAUCUUGCACAAGGUCUUGUCUUUCGAUGUCACCUUGUUUAUCACCAACAGAUCUCAACCGACGGUGCUCUUUCUCACAACGACGUCAUCAUUUUCAACUUCCACCAUGCUCUCUUCGAUUUCCCAUCCAUGCACAUCUUCCUCCAUGAUCUCAAUCAAGCAUACACAACUGGUCAACUCCCAUCUGACAACGACGAUGCCACUCUUCGGUACAUUGACUAUGCCAUGAUCGAACAUGAGAUGGCGAUGAGUGGUGCAAGUAUGUUCUGGCGUGAUGUGUUGCACGGUUGUCAACUCGAUCGACUCCUACCACUACCAUAUGAUCGACAUCGGCUGACGAAUGAACAUCGAACUGGACGAGCAGCAUUUGUAUCAUUCGAUAUAGACCAUGAUCUAUCGCAUAGUUUACUAACUUACGGAUUGUCAAACAGCGUCAGUCUGGAACAUGUUUCACUCGCUGUCUAUUAUUUAUUCUUGUUUAAAAUGACGAAUGGAGAAAACGACCUCUGUAUUGGAAUGAACACAGAUGGCCGAUAUAGAGAUGAACUCAAGUCAGUGAUCGGAAUGUUUGUGAAUGCAAUUCCACUACGGUGCCAGCUCAAUCCUCAUUGGUCGCUUCAUCGGUUAAUUGAGAGUGUUUCCAACAUGAUGACCAAUUCUUUGAAACACUCAUACUUCCCUCUGCAACGCAUUCUUGCUCAGCAUCCAAACAUUGCCAAACCUGCUUUUCUCGACGUUUCUUUUGGGUAUGCUGCCUAUGACAGCGGCAAGAAGAAAGAUGAGAUUACCAUUGGCGAGACCUGUCUUCAUGCCGUACGUUCGUCGAUCACGAUCAGCGACGAGGAGAUAAAGAGCAAAUACGACUUCUUUUUUGUUGUUCAAUACAAUACAACCACGAAUCGGCUAUCAUGCACAAUCAAUGGAUCACUAGACUUAUUCAAUGCAAGAACAAUCGAUGUGAUUGCACAAAGAUUUCAUUCAAUGUCAAGGCAAUGUCUUGCAUUCAGUGCUGAUGAAAUGCUGAGGCCGAUCUACGAACAAACGAUCACGUUGCCACAUGAGAGAAUGAUUGUGUACUCCACGACUAAUACACAAAAGACAUUUGCUCCUGCUAAUCUUGUUCAUCAGGAGUUUAUUUAUCGAGUAAUGGAACAUCCACAGAAGGUGGCUGUUGAACUUGAUCAACAAUCUCUUACAUCCUCUGAACUUCUGCAUAACACUCAAGUACUGGCUUCGCAGCUGCUGCUACGCCAUCAUAUCAGUCCUGGAGAUGUCAUCUGCCAGUGUGUGGAACGCAGUUUAGCAAUGGUCAUCGGUAUUGUGUCAAUCCUCAUGGCAGGCGGUGCAUAUUGUCCUUUGUCACCAAAAGAUCCUCCACAUCGCUUGAAAGCUCUUGUUCAUCAAACACAUAGUCGUCUAACUCUCAUUCAUUCCACCACAAAACCUAUGUUUGACACCGACACUGCAACGGUAGAUAUUGAAACAAUUAACAACUUCAAUGAUUGGUGUGUCAAAGUUGAUGUGCAACAAUUGUCCAAUCUACUCAUCACCAUAGAACAUAUUGUCUUUACUAUUUUCACCAGUGGUUCGACUGGCAUUCCGAAAGCGGUUCAAGUGCGUCAUCGAAACUUUAGUGACUUCAUGCGCUCAUUCCCUUGUGUUGGUGUGCUAGGGCCGAACGAUGUAAUCAUUCAAAUGGCACGUUGCUCGUUCGAUAAUCACCUUCUUAGUCUAGCUGGUACAUUACUGAUUGGAGCCACGCUAGUCAUGCUUCGGCCAGAUGGUAAUAUGGACAUGGAAUAUCUGAGUGAAGUACUCGAUCACAAACAGAUCACAGUCAUGCAUGCUGUUCCAUCUCUGCUGAGUACUCUUUUUGAUUUUCUCAGAGAGAACAAACGGACAGCAGCCGUAAAAUGGUUGAGAUCGUUAUGUAGUGGAGGUGAAGCUCUCAACGUCAAGACUGCUAAUCUGCUACGAAGCGUGGUGAGCAAUGCAUGUCAAAUUCGAAAUCACUAUGGUCCAGCUGAAAUUACGGUUAAUUGUGCUUGUCAUUUGAUUGAUCUGAGUAAAGAUCAUGAGAGCGUUCCUUUGGGUUGUGCUCUUCCUAAUUAUCAAUGUCUGGUUUUGGACGAGUUUUUACAGAAUGUUCAUGUUGGACUAGAAGGAGAACUAGUCGUUGGAGGCGUUGGCGUCUUUGCUGGAUAUCUUCAUCGUGAUGGUUUGACAGGAGACGUUUUGAUCAGCAUCGAUGGAGAGUUGUUCUAUAGAACAGGCGACCUUGUUCGAAUGGAUGCUGGUGGUCUGAUUCAUUAUGGAAGUCGUAGAGAUCAUCAAGUGAAGUUGCGAGGUCAGCGUAUCGAACUGAAGGAGAUAGAACAAUGCUUAUUACAGACGUCCAUAUCAGUGUGUAUUGUGAUUCAAUGGGGAGAGAAUCACCUCGUUGCAUAUGUUCAAGGCUCUGACAUCACUGAAGAUCAACUUCGCGANAGAACAGGCGACCUUGUUCGAAUGGAUGCUGGUGGUCUGAUUCAUUAUGGAAGUCGUAGAGAUCAUCAAGUGAAGUUGCGAGGUCAGCGUAUCGAACUGAAGGAGAUAGAACAAUGCUUAUUACAGACGUCCAUAUCAGUGUGUAUUGUGAUUCAAUGGGGAGAGAAUCACCUCGUUGCAUAUGUUCAAGGCUCUGACAUCACUGAAGAUCAACUUCGCGAUCACUGUCAGUUACAUCUCCCACCACACAUGGUUCCAUCCAUGUUCAUCAUACUUGACAAGCUGCCGCUGAACGCGAAUGGAAAAGUAGAUCGAAAACAGUUGCCAUUACCAGAUGUAUCGUCGUUGACUUCAUUGUUACCGAGCAUCUCUGAUGUGCCAAAGAAUGAAGUUGAACAAAACGUACACGAUAUAUGGGUUCAAGUUCUGAGAUGUGUUGGUAGUCAACUACCAACGAGUGGAAACUUUUUUAGUAUUGGUGGUCAUUCGUUGUUGUUUAUUGAUCUGUAUCAUCGUUAUCAAAAUGUGUUUGGCUUUGAUAGCCAGACACUUUCUAUAGCUGCAUUUCUUCAACAACCGACUAUAGUCCAGCAUUCGCACUUACUUGGUUCAAUUGAAAUAGGGAAGUCAGAGUUGACUAAAUGGCAUACAUUACAUAUUGAGAAAGGUAUUACUUCUUAUGCACAAGAGCGUAUUUUUCUUGAUGAGCUGAUUCGCUUAUCGCGAGACACUGCCUUUUAUAAUGAGCUGACGCCUCUGAAAGUUGUUCAUGGUUCACUAUCAACUGAUCGUUUGACGCGAGCUCUGCGAUAUGUACUGGCUAAACAUAAAAUCUUACGUACUUCUCUCCUCUUCAACACUAUUGACGGAACUCUAACUCAAAGUAUUACUAACAAACAUGAGACAUUUGAGAUUAUUGCUGAUCGAACAUAUAAAAACGAAGACGAACUUCAGAGUAUCGUUCAUCAACUGACCAUCAAUCCGAAUCUAUUCGACCUAUCAAAUGGUCGUGUUUUCUAUUGUGAGAUACUGCGACCGAAGAAAUCUCCUACCGGAAGGGAAGACAAUCAAAUCGUCGGAGAUAAAGAUAUUCUUGUUAUCGGAUUCCAUCAUGCAGCAACUGAUCGAUCAUCACGUCCAACGUUUUUCAAAGACUUCUACAAUGCUUAUAACAGUGACUUGAUAUGGCCAGAAAAUGAAGAUAUAUUGCAGUAUAUUGAUUAUAGUGUGCAUGAGCGCGUAAUAGAUAUGACGCCAUCACGGAACUUCUGGCGAGCUCAACUAGAUGGAUGUAAGUUAGAGCGUCAGCUGUUGCUGCCUGUGGAUCGACAUCGUUUGGCCAGCGAGCAGCGUUCAAGUGCUAGUUCCCUUGCUCAAAUCUCUUUUGAAGAUGAUUUGUCCGCUUUGUUCUUCGACUAUAGUACUUCACAUCGUGUAACACCGUUUCAGUUGGGUCUAGCUGUGUUUUAUACUUUCCUAUUUAAACUAACACAUGGCCAAACUGAUCUUUGUCUGUCCGCUCUCAAUGCUAAUCGUUAUAGAACAGAGUUGCGGAAUUUAAUUGGGAUGUUUGUUUCCACGCUACCGUAUCGUAUCCAACUGAAUGCAGACUGGUCAUUUGAUGAACUUGUUGAAGUUAUGCGAGAUACAUGUGUGUCUAUUUUUGAACACUCUCACUAUCCUCUGCAACAAAUCCUUGCUGAUCUUCAGAUGAGACAAUCGAGUGCUACAUUUCUUGAAAUAAUGUUUGAAUUUGGCACCACUGUGGCUGGUGAAAAUCGAGCAUCUUUAAAUGAUGCAUCUUUCGAAUACCUUCCAGUAGAAGAAUCAUUUUAUGUCGCCAAAUUCGAUUUUAUGCUAUGGUUCUCUCAUCAUUCGUCAAUAAGCGGCAAUAACUUAUCCCUGAGUAUAGCUUGCUCACGUGAUCUAUUCGAUGCGGAAACAGUUAUUGGACUGGCUCAAAGAUUUAAUCAUCUUCUUCAACAGAUUCUUCGGCCGAACUCAAAAGAAAACCAGUCAAAUUGUUCUCUGCAAUCCUUCAGCAAAUUUAACCUUCUCUUACCGGAAGAACUCAUGGAAAUUCAAAAUGAAAUAUUCUGCCGACAAUCAACCAUUAUUAACGAAGGUAUGUUUUGUCAAUUUUGUGAAUAUAUCUUCAAAUGA